AUGACGCUCAAUAAAAAUGCAAUAAACGAGGAUGCGGAUGAUAACUUCCGAAUCAGAUCGACUGUGAUAUCUAAGCCGAUUGCAUACACCUAUGUCCUUUCUAUUCUCUAUAAUGUUGUUUUCUUCAUGCAACUUGUUGCAUCUCCAUAUUUGAUCAAAUCAAUAGGAGUAUCAGAUGCCGAGAAUGGGAUGAUCCAAACUGCGUUUGGUAUUCUUCAAAUGAUUGGAGGCCCUUUGUUCGGCUAUUGUAUUCAGAAAUUUGGUAUACGGUUCUCUCUUCUCCUAUGUUAUUCUUCAACUUUUGUCUCUGGUUUGCUUCUACUUUUUUCGAAUGAUUUAACAACUUUGUUGCUGAGUCGGCUACCCGCUUUGUUCAUGCAUGGUCAGCAAAGUCAUCAGACUUUGCUCUCUGCUUUAACCGAACCUGGAAAACAGCGAACAACUGCUUUCGGGCGAAUGGGCUUAACUUUUGGAAUUGGCUUUAUUUUUACUCCAAUCUUUAAUAUAAUUUCCACGAAGCUCAUAUCUGAUAGAGGGCCAUUCUUAGUCUCUUCAUUGUUGUGUUUCGUUCCAAUGAUUGUUCUUCUAAAGUUUGUUGAUAGAGAACGAUAUGAAGCGAAAUCUGAGAACAAAGAAAGUGAGUCACAUAUGGUCAUGAACAUAUCGAACACGCUCUACAUUCUGAACAAACCAGGAACUAUGAAUGUUCUGAUCAAAAAAAAUCUCCCCAUUAUUCCCGCGCUCCUAAUCUUCGGAGUAAUGAACCUGUAUAUGAUCAACCAAUUCAAUCUCAGUCAAGAUUACAAUCAUUUCCUUCAGCUUGUUAUAGGAGUGUUUAUUAUGUUCAGCAACGGGUUUGGUGUUAUUUGGCUACGAAAAAAGUUUACUGAAAAUACAAUGCUUUACAUCGGGUCAUCUUCUUUUCUUAUUGGAUACUUUUUAUUCCACUUCUUCACUUCUUUGUCUAUGUUUUACUUUAUUAUGCCAUUCCUUUCUAUGGGGAUGAGUGUACAAGCUACUGUUUCGGAUAGCAUGUUGACAGCAUUAGUUGAAGAGAGAGAACAGGGGCUCAUUCUUGGAAUAUCAACAUCAUUCAAUUCCCUAGUGCGAACCUUAGCCCCCGGACUUGCUGGAUACAUUUUAGACGCAUAUGGCUUCAAUAUGCUAGCUAGUAUUGGUAUGAUAUGUUGUUGCGCAUGCCUAUUAAUUCUGGCAGUGAAUCCAUUGGACACCAAUUUACUUCGUAAACCGAAAACACACGAAGAAUAA